AUGAUUUUCAUUAAAGAUUUACUACUUUUCCUACUCUUCGUUCUUCUAUCUCCUGUUAAUGCUUUACCUAAGAAAAAUACCGCUUCAUCUUCUACAGGCUCUACGACGAAAACAGGAACUGCGGGUGGUGUAUCCAAAGCUGCAGGUGGAACGAUGAUUUUAGAUAAAACCGUUCAGAUUAAUGGUCUUCCAAUUCGUUAUAAAAUCAGCGCUCCGGCAAAUAUGUUUACCCCAGCAUCAGGAGUAACCGGCGGCACAGCAUCAUCCAACACAACCAGAAGAGCAGGUCUUAACGUUCUUCUCCACGGCGAUGGAGGAACAUCAUUCUUCGACUUUCCCAAUCAAGCAGUCCAGAAUAAUCUCAUGGGAGUUGUCGUCCUCGCUCCAAACAAAAAAAUGUUCUGGGGAGGUGGAUCCGGUCUCCAACGUACCGACGGCGUCGCCCACGCCGCAGCAGUAAAUACACUAAUCCAAACCCAAUUAUCCAAAGACGUAUCAUUCGAUGCGGGGAAUGUAUAUUUCACCGGUGUCUCAGGCGGUUCUCUACUCCUAUCCGGAUUCUUCAUGCCCGCAUUCGGCGCCCAGUAUAAAACAGGUGUUCUUUUAAAUUGUGGUGCCCUCACCCCGCAAGUGCCCGUUGUGGAUGCGAAUACCCUGAUGUUGAAUACGAAGAUACAUUUUCAGAGUACGAAGGAUGAGUUGACUUUAUUGCAGGGAUCUAUUCCCACGGCGAUAAGUGCGUAUGAGAAAUUGGCUAAGGGCGCUGGUAUGUCGGUUGCUCAGAUUGGAAAUUUGCAGACCGUGGAUAAUACGCCGAGUGGAGGUGGUCAUUGUGGAUUCGAUAAUAAAGAUUUCGUCUCUGGAGUCCAGUUAAUGGCAUCGAAUUAUGCAAAUAUCAUGGGUAAAAAUGCUUCAGGUCAGGUUACGGGAAUUGGAAAUGUUUUGAAGACGGUUGUUGGGAAUGAGAAAUUGGUUUUUACUACUUCUAAUUGA